AUGUGUAAACAUAUUCAUGCUAAGAAAAUUAAUAAGUCUGAUGACACUGAUAUUAACACCAAAAAUGAUUAUACUAACCCAAUGGAUACAGAUGAAAUUUGCAUGAACAUAUCUGAUAAGCAGCAAAUUAUUACUCACCCUGCAGUUAGCAUUGCAAACAAAAUCCAGCAAUUUCAUAGCAUGUUUGUGUCACAAGCAGAUAAAUUAAAUGAUGAAGGGCUAAAUAAAAUUAAUUUAUCCUUAGACUUAAAUUUAAAAAUACUAUAUGAACAAAAAUCUAACCAGGGGCGGAGUGGGUCCUAA